GGACCACCCCGGCCCGGGGGCGCAGAGCGGGGUCGCCCCGGGGGAUGCGGGGUCUCACCGGGGCCCGUCGUGGGCGCGGGGGGUCCCGGGGAGGAGGAGGAGGGAGGUGACAGCCCGGCAUGUGGCAAGGCGAGGGCUUUGAAGGUGAACCUGGGCAGGUUCCAAAGGGGCUGAGCUGCUGCAGCUCCCUUCUCCUUGCAGAGAUCAGCGCCACAAAUCCCUGCUCGGGUAGUUUAUCCAAAACCUCUCGGGCGAGUCCCCGGGCUUAGGCUCUGCUGCGAGCGGCGCCUUCCUUGGUGCAAGAGGAAAAAAAAAUCUCGGUGCCUUUGGGACAAAUCGCGGGGUCCGGCUGUGCUGGCCUGGCCCUGCGGCCGCAGCCGCGCUCGGAUGGAUCCCCGCUCCCAAAUGCCCCGAGCUGCCCGGGAGCCCGGCGUGGGGCCGCUGCCCUCCGGACGCUGCCGCUUUGAAUGAGCUUUUAAAACCCACGAGUACGGGAGCAGUGGGAACGGAGAGCUGGGCACGGUGGAGAGGAGCACAAGGAGCACCCAGGCCAGCGCUGGGGAGACACUGUCCCCCUGACCUGGCAGGGACACGGAGCAGGGACCGGCCAGGAGCCUCCAAGGACCAGCCCAGGGGUGUUCUGCGCCGCCGGCGAUGCGAGCCAUGGCAGACCAGGCUGCGGUGGCAGCAGACGCCUCUCCAGCGCUGGCACCGUGCCCGGGCUCACCUCGGCGUGGGGACAUCGAGGGACCGACGGACGCAGGCGGCUCCGGGCGGGACGGCUGCGGGCUCCUUGCCGCGGCGGACGGGGACACGAAGCGUCCCCCCUCGCCCCAGCCCGGGGGGAUGCUGCUGGCCGAGCUCCCGCGGGCCCCCCAGCCCCGGCUGAGCCCCGCCAAGUCGCGCACGGCUCCGUCGUCGCCCAGCGUGUCGCCGUCGGAGAGCCGAGCCGCGCUGCUCCGGCUGCGCGACGCCAGGCUGGAGGACACGAGGAGGCGGCUGUCGGAGGCCGUGCAGGAGCCCCUGAGCCGCCUGAGCCGCCUGAUGGCCGAGGACAGCCCCGCGGGCCGGCCCAGGGAGCCGGGGGGCAGCCCCGGGGGGAGCCGCGGCGCCGGGAGCCGCCGGCCGCGGGACUGGACGCCCUGGGAGCCCGCGCUGAACUGCCGCUACGAGAUCCGCUCCUACGGGGACGUGAUCCAGGUGCUGGAGGUGGCGCGGGGAGACGCGGAACCGCCGCUCCCGCCGCCCGAGGAGCCGCCGCCGGCGCGGGCCGGGGGCUCCGUGCCGGGCCGGGCGCUCGCCGGCGUCGCCCUGCUCGCCUACGGCUACCUGGUGCUGCCGCUGCCGCCCUACGCCGCCGGGCUCUGCGUGGGGCUGCUCUGCGGGCUGCUGCUGGGCUUCCUCGCCAUCCUCCUCCUCGUGCCCAGCGCUCCUCCGGCCGCUCGGGGACCGUGGGGCCGCCUGCGCCCCAAGCUGCUCCCCGGGGAGCCGCGGGAACCCCCCCGCCUGCAGGGCUGGAUGAACCAGCUGCACGUGUACGACCCCGAGCUUUUCCACCCGUCGCUCACGCACUCGGUGCUCGCCGUGCUGGACGGGGCCACCCUCAAGCUGUCCUACCCCAAGAGCAACAUCCCGCGCCGAGCCGCCUUCGAGGAGGAGAUCCUGGACGCCGUCUUCGUCAGCCACCGCUGCUACGACCUGACCGACGCCAAGGUCUUCCUGUGCCCCCCCAGGCUGGCCCGAAAGCGGACGUGGAACAAGAAAUACCCCAUCUGCGUGCUGCUGCCCGAGGCGGCGGAGGGAGAGGGCAGCGAGGAGCGGGACGCGGAGCUGCAGGGGGAGGAGGGGAGCAGGAAGGUGCCGGUGGCCGGGCAGGACAUCCCGGGGGACAGCAGGGACAGGUGCCUGUACCUGUUUGGGCGGACGGGGCGGGAGAAGGAGGAGUGGUACCAGCACCUCGUGCAAGCCUCCCGUGGGACAGCCAGCAGCCACGGUGACACCGGGGCAGGCACGGGAUGGGCUCCGCAGAGCAGCGGCAGCAGCAGCGGGGGCAGCGCUGAGGACAUCCCGUCCACGGAUCCCUCCAGGGAUGUGUCGGGCAGCACCGAGGAGAUUUACCUGGACUACAGCACCUACAUGGCCCGAUUCGUGCCGGCACAGGGGGCAGCCAGCCCAGAGAGGAGCCCCUCUCACGGAGCUCUGGGCAGCCCCACGCCCACAAAGGUGAGAGGGACAAACCCAGCAGAGGGAGCGGGGCUGGAGGCUGGUGGACUCUGCACAGAAGCACUUCCAGGGGGCGGUUUGUUUGAGCAGCCAGGCCCUGGGGCAGAGCACAGGACAGCAGGUGCCACUGCUCACAGGGCCACCUCGCUGCAGGGGCUGGUGGCUGCUGUCCCCCCCCACGAGGACACGGCCAGCAUGGCCUGGAUGAACGCGCUGGUGGGACGCAUCUUCUGGGACUUCCUGCGGGAGCCAUACUGGGCAGAGCAGGUGUCCAACAAGAUCCAGAAGAAGCUGAGCAAGAUCAAGCUCCCCUACUUCAUGAACGAGCUGACGCUGACGGAGCUGGACAUGGGCACAUCCAUCCCCUCAGUGCUCAGUGCCUCCAACCCCGCCAUCAAUGAGCGAGGGCUCUGGGUGGACAUGGAGGUCACCUACAGCGGCUCCUUGCAGAUGACGCUGGAGACAAAGAUGAACCUCAGCAAGCUGGGGAAGGAGAGCUCUGCCGAGGAGAGCGGCCCUGCAGAGGCAGGCAGAGAGGGGGCCAGGCCACGGCUGAUCCUGCUGGCAGACAGCGACGCCGAGUCGUCCAGCGCCGGCUCCUCCGACGAGGAAGAUGCCGCCAGCGCAGAGCCCGUGGGAGCCCCGGGGGAGCGGCUCCCCCCGCCUGGCACCGAGGGGCACGUCAGCGGGAACAGCACGAGCAGGAAGAUCCUGCGCUUCGUGGAUAAGAUCGCCAAGUCCAAGUACUUCCAGAAGGCCACGGAGAACGAGUUCAUCAAGAAGAAGAUGGAGGAGGUGUCCAACACGCCGCUGCUGCUGACGGUGGAGGUGCAGGAGCUGGCGGGAACCCUGGCCGUGAACAUCCCCCCGCCACCCACCGACCGCGUCUGGUACAGCUUCCGAGCGCCCCCGCAGCUGGAGCUGAAGGUGCGCCCCAAGCUGGGCGAGCGGGAGGUGACAUUCCUGCAUGUCACCGAGUGGAUCGAGAAGAAGCUGAAGCACGAGUUCCAGAAGAUUUUGGUGAUGCCAAACAUGGACGAUCUCAUCAUUCCCAUCAUGCGCUCCGGCCUGGAUCCUUGGCCACCCGCCAUGGGACUGCCCCAGGACCCGCCAGCCAAGGGGGACAGGAGGCUCUGAAGCACAACCCCAGGGGCAGGGACACUGCCCAGAGCUCAGGGACCUCGCUGGGACACGGGACGGCCGGGGCCUGGCCGCUGCCUGCACCCAGGGCCGUGCCUGGAUUCAUCCUCACGCUCUGCUUCUGCAGAUGAGCCUCCUCAAAUCCUGCAAGCACACAGGGCACAGCCAGGCUGCUGGAGAGCCAGGAAUCCCACGGCCACGCUCCAGGACUCCUGGUCAAGCAGGCAGCUCUGGACAGUGGAGGGCUGGGCUUCCCACUGUCUGGUUCCAAAGAGGGUGCAGGACACCUGGAGGAGUUGGGGUCAUGGCUGAUCCAAAAUCCCCAGCUCCGGGGCGCUCCCCUCCCCGCAGGCAGCUGGGCUGCGAGGACAGCACGGGUGGGAAGGGUCCCAGGUGAAUAAAUCCAUCGCUGCCCA